UUGUUUUACAUAAAAAAAGACCAAAAGAAAAGUCGUCCUCUAUUGGCUUUGGGCUUUGGCUAUUUCUUUUUCCUCAAGAAACCCGGUAAUUCUUCUAUAAAUUUCCCCAUUUCACACCUAGUGUUCAGUUUUUGUUUGGGGUUUCAGAAAGAAGAAAAAAGAAGGGGAAAAAAUGGGAGCAAUUUCACUUAGUUCACUUCCAUUAGGCUUCAGAUUCAGACCCACUGAUGAAGAAUUGGUUAACUUUUACCUUAGAUUAAAGAUCAACGGGCAUAACAAAGAAGUUAGAGUCAUUAGGGAGAUUGAUGUUUGUAAACGGGAGCCCUGGGAUUUGCCUGGUUUAUCAGCGAUUCAGACGAAUGAUCCAGAGUGGUUCUUCUUUUGCCCGCAAGAUAGAAAGUACCCAAAUGGGCAAAGAUUGAACAGAGCAACGAAUGCUGGGUAUUGGAAAGCAACUGGGAAAGAUCGGAAAAUUAAGUCUGGAAAUACGUUAAUUGGGAUGAAGAAAACUCUUGUGUUUCAUAUCGGGCGAGCACCAAAGGGUAACAGAACCAAUUGGGUUAUGCACGAGUAUCGUCCAAUUUCGAAGGAUCUCGAUGGCACUUUACCUGGACAGAGUCCUUUUGUACUUUGUCGUUUGUUUAAGAAGCAAGAUGAGAGGGUUGAAAUUGAUUUUGAAGAUCAGGGUGAGCGUGAAGCCCCCAUUUCAUCUCCCGAGGUGUCUGAGUCCCCUGUUUUGGAAGUUAAACCGGAAAAUGAUCCCAUAAUUGUUGAGUCUUCACUUCCAGGCGGACCCACUUCUGAUGUUUCGGUGCCUCAAGUUGUUGAAGAAGACACUGUUACUGAGUUGAAAGAUGAAGACUUCGAUUUGGUAAAAGAGCUAAUUUGGCAGCCACAAGAGUUCAGCCCCUUUCUUCCAUUGUACCCACCCAUGCCGGAGGAGAUACAAUCGGCUUCUAUAACUUACACAGUCAAUAAUGAAUCUGAAGCAGAUGCUUAUGUUUCUCAGUUCUUGGAUUCCAUUCUUAAUACUUCAGAGGAUAAUAUAACCAUUGAAAGUGAGACCUCUAAGAACAUGGCCCAUGUUAAGGACAGUGGAUCUUGCUGCGAGUCUGCUGAUGUGGAAGGAGGCCAAGCACUGCCUGAGGCAGAAUUUCCCAAUUCAUUGUGGUCUGAGGAAGCUCAUUUUAGUAUGGAAACAGCUCCAGAAGAUUUCGCAGUUCUGACAAACCAGUGUUUCUUAGAGAGUCAAUUUUGCGAACAGGAUGUUUUUUCAUCAGGCUAUAUCACUGACCUAUCUUAUCUUGGUUUCAAUAAAUCAAGCAAUCACAGGGACGAAAUCAACGGCAAUAAUGAUGCUGGAACUGGAAUCAGGAUUAGGACACGCCAACGACAGAGUAAUCAAAAGAAUGAUGGCUCAAUUUUUCAGGGCACUGCUUUAAGAAGAAUAAAGCUGAAGCAUAAAAUUCAUGUGCCAAUAGCUUGUACAGCAGCAGGACCUGAAGGCUACAUGCUAGAGGAAUAUGAAUCAAAACCCAUUGAUAGAGAGGGUGUAAAAGCUGCAGAAGAGUCAAGUGAAAACAGUAAUAUUUCUGGAGAGCUUACUACAAUUGAUAGAUCCGAUGGAAAAUCAAAGCUCAACUUUUCAAGGGGGAGUGAAUCUUCACAGGCUUCUCAAAGCCGUCGGUCACUUGCAGUUUUGUUUAGGAUAGCUGCAAUUAUAGUGGUGUUCUCAGUCUUGGUUAGCACAUUGGCAUCUCUUAAAUCUUAAAUUAUAGUUUCACUUAGUGAUAUCUUAUCCCUCUGUAUGGUCUACUAGUCUGCUAUUUACUUCUUUAUGGGAUUUACUAACUCGAUUUGAGAUAUAUUUGCAACUCUCAUUUUUAGUCUAAAUCUAUGAUUUAUGUAACUACCUUUUGUAGUUUAGGUUUUUGGACCUGGUUUGUAUAUGUCUGCAUAUAUAUAUAUAGAGAGAGAGAACAACAGCUUUUUCUUCC